GUCCUGGCGCAAGGGUUCGACUGGGUCUCCUCCAAGACGCCCGACCGCGGGUGGUGGCGUCAACUCACGCGCAUGGUCCCCGACAUCGCCGCCACCGGGGUGACACACCUCUGGCUGCCCCCACCGUCGCACUCCGUCUCACCCGAGGGGUACCUCCCCAGGCACCUGUGGAACUUGGAUUCGAGCGAGUACGGCGACCAAAACGAACUCGUGGCUCUCAACGCGUCGCUUCGCGAGGCUGGAAUCAUGCCCGUGUGCGACGUCGUCAUCAACCACCGCACCGCGGACGAGAUCGGGCCGGAGGGGGUGUACAACGUGUACAGCGACGAGGUGGACCACACGGGCACCGCCGUGCACUGGGGCCGGCACAUGAUCACCUGCAACGACCCGGCGUUCCACGGGAGCGGCCACGAGGACUCGGGCGAUAACUACGACGCCGCGCCGGACCUGGACCACGCCAACGACGAGCUGCGCGCCACCCUGAAGCGAUGGCUCAGGUGGCUACGCUGGGACGUCGGGUUCGGCGGGUUCAGGUUCGAUUUCGUCCGCGGGUACGCGCCGGAGUACACCGAGGAGUACGUCAAGGAGACGACGUCGCGAGGGGACUUUUGCGUGGGGGAAAAUUGGGUCGACCUCGCGUGGGAGGGCUCCCACCUCAACUACAACCAGGACGGACCCAGGGGCAAGCUCGUGGAGUGGCUCGCCGCCACGCACGGCACGUGCGCGCUCUUCGACUUUCCCACGAAAGGAAUCCUGCAGCGCGCGGUGACUCACGUCGAGUUUUACCGGCUCAGGGACCCGGCGUCGAGACCUCCGGGCCUCUCCGGAUGGAUUCCAAGUAGGGCCGUCACGUUCGUGGACAACCACGACACCGGCGCGCCCCAGAACCACUGGCCGUUCCCUCCCGACAGGAUCGCCCUCGGGUACGCCUACGUCCUGACCCACCCGGGGAUACCGUGCGUGUUCGGUCCGCACCUGUGGGGCGACGACCCGGUGCUCUCCGGCGUGAUCAGGCUCCUGAUCGACCUUCGCAAGAGGUGCUGCGUGUGCGCCGACGCGCCUGUUAAGAUCCAGAUGGCCGAAAACGACAUCUACGUGGCAAAGGUGGGACACAGGCUGACGGUCAAGCUAGGACCGAGGUACGAGAUGCCCGUGGAGCUCAUCCCGAAGGAGCCCGAGUGGUCCCUCGCCGUGGCUGGCGAGGACUACGCCGUCUGGGAGCGGGUCCAGUACGACACCGACGCGGACGCGAAAGUCGUCGCCAUGGAGCGCGAGAUGAUGGACGUCGGGGACGACGGGGAGUACUACCCGCUCGAGCGCGUGCCCGUGGACAACUCCCGCCAGUCCAUCGGAAGCUGGAUCGAACCGCCGCCCGGGAUCGUCGAGCCGUCCGACGGCGAGGCGGACCCGCGCUGA